AUGGCGACCCCGUUCCCACAAACGGAGGAUACCACCAUGGUAGACGCUCCGUUUGCCGUCGCCUCUGAUCAAAAGCCGACCCUGCACACGCUGCAGCCGCUCGUACGCCUCCUCGUCAUCUCGCAUAGAGAAAUCGAGUCCAUUCUCGGCGAGGCCCUAGGGCAUACCCUGGCCACGCUCACCGAUGGCCAGUGGAAGUUCCUAGGUGACAACAAGAACGCGUGGAGGACCUUGCUCUUUGCCCUCCUCUACCUCUUGCGAAAAGACGGCGGCAAGGCCACGUCCGGCAAGACCUUGACGAAAUUCGAGGAUCCGCUCACCUCGGAUGCGCCCAAGGGGUCGCAACGACGUGCUCGAGAAUACGAGGACUUUCGUCGCGUAUCGGGGGGGGGGGCAAGACUCGAUCGGAUUUUCCGGUGUAAGUGACGUAUGGUUCGAGACGCCAGCGACGAAACGAGCACGAGGCUGACGGCUCGUUUGGUGGCACGCUGGUACGGGUUCCCUGAACUGGUCCUCGCACAGGCGUGGGUUACCUUGAUCUACGCUGUUGAGGCAACCAGACGCAACCGCCCUCCGAUCCCCCUGAUCCCCUACACCUCCACCUGGUGGGACGACCGUGCGAUGAGGAUCGUCGAGGCGAUUUUCGGAUGGAAAGACCGAGUCUACCAAAUCGUCGCGACCUUUGUCGACAGUCGCUUCGUCUCCACCUCGAAUACACCCCCCCAGGAUGACGAUGCUGACGACGCAAACACCGGGCCACCCGCGAAAAUGGGCAAGGAUAUAGGCUCUUCACUCAAGUCCAGCGUCAAGAAGGCCGUUGUUGAGGCUGUCUGCGAAGCAAGACUCGCCAACUCGCCCGACGACGACGUUCGACUCCUUUCCGACCUGACCAUACAAAUCGCGAGUCUACACGACAAGGCCGCAAAGCAGGUACAAAAGGCGGUGGACCUCUAUGAUCUAGCGUCGGUGGCAACGUCUACGUUCCAAGAUACCGUGCACAUCAUCUGCCACAACUCGCCGCGGAUGCUCACACCCGACGAGCGUUCCCAGCUUGCCGAGCAGACGAUCUGCGACUGGAUCCGAGGAGUCUUCCCGGCCCUCCACGCGCUCAAGGUUGCGAGCGGGCACACCCGAGGCCUUGGAUUGGUGAGUGGUGGCACCGCUGGCUCUCACCGCGUUUCAACGAGUCGGCCCGGCCGUCAGCGGGCCGACGCGCUCCAAUGCGAGUGCAGUUGCACUGACCCGAUUGUUCAACCAUCCGACCUCUUUGCACAGGAUUUGGGGGGCGAGUUCAUUACCAUGACCCCACGACGCACUUCUAUCCUCAUCUACAAAGGUGAAGACGCGGCCAAGACCUUGCUCGAAUGGCUACGAUGCGUGUGGGUAUUAGAAGUCUGGAUCCCGACUCAAGCAGUUGAGUACGAGCGCAAGAUAGAGGAUGGAAGAUAGAUGGAGAAGGAAGAGAGACGAGCGCCCGCAGGGCGCCCGACUUCAACCGAAUCCGACGUGUCAACCGGAACUCAAUCAGGCGCUGGGAUCUGGCAGGCACAGAACAACGGAUUGAGGAGAGACGAAGCUAGCUAGUACGAAUGAAGUAGGGGCAUGGAAGUGAAUAGUAUUAAGAGAUAAUAAGAUAUGAUUGGAUUCUUGACAGUGGGUGUCUUCAAGUUGGCGAUGGCACGUCUCGAGCAACCCCGUGGACCACGUCGCAACCGUGCUACUCACGCAGAUCGAGCCCCCUCGAUCCUCCGCUUACUCCUUUGUCGAGACCUCAACGAACUCGUGGGCGUCAAAGCGAGAAUGGAUCGAGCGCUGGGAGGUGCUGCGCCGUCACCUCAGUCAGCAGCUCGGGGAAGCGACCCCUCGUGCCACCACCGCCCCGGCCAACGUGGCACCGGCUCUCGCUACCGCCUCUUCAUCCACGGCCAAUCUCGAAGAGCCCUCACCCGAAACGACGCUCGAUCCUCCCCCUUUCAAGCGCGCCAAGAAGGCGGCCACCACCAACCGUCGGCCUGACUCGGGUGCGAUCGCCACCCGAUUCGAUCAUCUCGGACCCCUCGUGGCGAAGGUUCUUUUCAACGUCGAGUGCUUUGGAGCGAAUGGCUUUGUGCCCCACGGAGAAUGGCGAUCGGAUGGGCAAACGGUCCGGCUUCUAGGCUACAACGUCGCCAAGGCGGUCCCCAACAAGUUGUCCCUGCUCCUCCCACUUUGCGCCGACACCCCCGCCCCGGCAGCCACGCGUGACCCGCAGUCAAUCGCGGAGACGUUCGAGCACGUGACCAGCAGCGCAACCGUGGCGUUCGACCCGACCUACGAUUGUAUCGCACGGUCGUCGCUCCUCGCCACUCCCAACGAGUUCGUCAAGUGGGUUUCCGCCUCGACUCUGGUCCCAUUACCGACAGUACGAGGCGGUAUGCCGCGCCUCGAGAGGGCCGAGAAUGCCGGCGAGAAGGUCCUCGAGCUUCUCUACAGCCACGGCAAGGGUGAGGUGCGUAUUCCCUGCGCGGGUGGGCCAGCCGCCUGCCUCCGGGCCGGGGCGAAUGGAUCCAGUAUCAUCCAGCUGACGAACCGUGUUCGCCUUCACUUCCAUCACCGGAGCAGGACUGGGCUGGUCCAGAUCGUAUCGGAACCCGCUACAGGACCGAUGAGGCACUCCGACAAGUCGUCCAGGACGGUGCCAACGACUCCAUCAUCAUUGGCAUCGACCUGGGCACGAAAUAUCCUAUGGCCGUUUUGGCUACCCUCUUUGACCGAAAUGAGGUUCAGAUUCAAGACGACGACGUCGUCUACGCGGAUGCGCUGGACAAGCCGUUGAGGAAGGCGCAGAGCCACGUUAGGAAGCUCUCGGCUGAACUGGCCGGCAGCCUACGAUUCGGUCACGCCAAACCCCCCGGCGACGCAGCGACCCCUCUUGAGGGACAACGCCCUGCCACCUCGGCCGCCACGCUCGACGGUCCUGCUUCAGCCCCCUCCGACUCGAGUACAACCGAGCGCGACGCCGACGCACGCACUCGCGCCGAGCUCGCUCGUGGAUCUUCCUCUCGCCUCCUUCUCGGCGAGCCGGAUCGACAGGCCUGGGCGGCCAAGACCAAUCUCUUAACCAAGGCUUCGAGAAGGCGCUUCGUCGAGCAGGUGAUGGAGGUUUCAGGUUUGAGAACGAUGGGUUCGUCCUCCGUUUCACGCCGCAGGGAGUCUUUUCGAACAGGUUCAAGCCGGAUGCUGAUUGUCGUAUGGAAACUCGUGCUUCAACCUUUUUGCAGAGAGGGCCCGCGAUGACACGUUGAAGCAAGCGGACUUGAGCAAGGUCAAGACCGCAGAGGUCCUCCAACGAAAGGACAUCCUGUCGCCGCGCCAACGUCCGGUGCUGGUCUUCGUUGGCGAGGGAGGCUCGAGUCGUGGAACACAGAAGGCGACGUAUAGGACGAAUGUCCUUUGCCGAGACCUCGUUCAAGAGUUCAACAGAUUGCAAGAGCGAGGACUCGCCGUGGAGAUCGUCUCGGUCGACGAAUAUAAUACCUCCUCGGUCUGCAGCGACCCCACUUGCCGCAACGAGGUGACAGGGGAGCGAUCCCGGUAGGUCCCUUCAGGACAUUCUCGCAGUCGUGAACGAGUACUAAGGCGCUGUCGGAUAUGCUAACGACGGGACUAUGUCCUGCUGGUGUCACAUCGCACCGGUCACGGCACGCCGGUCGCACAGACUUUCCAAGAAUGGCCGAGCCCACGGGGCCGAGCAUAAUAAUCUGCGGGUCAUGCUGUGCGAGAAAGAAUGCCGCCCGCCCAUCCACCGCGACAUCGUCGCGGCACGCAACAUGCCGACUGUGGGCUUACAAGUCGCCGCGUUCCGACAACACCCCUUCAGGUACCCCAAGGCCGGGAAGGACGAGGACAAGCAGGAAGAGAAGGGGCAGGAAGGGAACAAGGCCACGGCCAAGGCCAAAGGGAGCAAGCGGGGAGGAAAGGGCAGGGACAAGGAGCGCGAAGAGGAAGCGAGGGAAGGGGAGCAGGUCGACGCUAUCCCCGAAAACCGUUUCGAGCGUCGACUGGGUAGAGUAGAUUGGGUUGCAUCACCUUGUUUUCAUCUGCAGUACCAAUCCUGCUCAAAUCGAUCAAUCUUUCUGUCUCACCGAGCGCGAUGCAUUCAACUCCUCCCGCCGAGCCGAUCCCAGUUUGCGCCCUUUCGCACUCUCGGCUGA